UCCCUUUGCUCCCUCUUUUCAGUGGAAUUUCAGACCCUAACAUACUCAAAUAAAAAAACCAAACUCUAUCUCCAACUUCCGAUUUCAAUCCCUUCCCCAGCUCAAUAACUAUACUUUACUCGCCGGCGUUCACAUCGGAAAAAGGAUGAACGGCGGUGGAGAUAACCGGCGCCGGGACUGGCGAGACACCACGAGGAUUUCAAAGAAGCAGAAACUCAUCCUUAACUCCGAAGAACAACUCGAAUCCAAGCUCGGAUUCGAUGUUUUCACCGAAGGAGAUAAACGACUCGGCUGGCUUCUCACUCUGGCCUCUUCGUCGUGGGAGGAUCAGGAGACUCGCAAAGUGUACAGUUGCGUCGAUCUUUAUUUCGUUUGUCAGGAUGGUUCAACAUUCAAAGCGAAGUAUAAAUUCAGGCCAUACUUUUACGUGGCAACAAAGGAUAAAAUGGAAAUGGAUGUCGAGGCAUAUUUGAGAAGGCGAUAUGAAUCUCAAAUUGCAGACAUUGAAAUUUUAGAGAAAGAGGAUCUUGAUCUUAAAAACCAUCUAUCUGGCCUACACAGAUCGUAUUUAAAAAUAUCAUUUGAUACUGUCCAACAGUUGAUGCACGUGAAGAGGGAUCUAACACAUAUUGUUGAGAGAAACCAAACGAAGUUUGAUACCAUAGAAGCAUAUGAAUCUAUACUGACAGGAAAAAGCAAGCAGCGAAGUCAAGAUUUUAUAGAUUAUAUCACUGAUCUACGUGAAUAUGAUGUCCCGUACCAUGUUCGCUAUGCUAUUGACAAUGAUGUUAGAUGUGGCCAGUGGUACGAUGUUAGUGUAUCUAGUUCUGGGGUUAUGUUAGAGAAGAGGACGGAUCUCUUGCAGCGAGCUGAAGUUCAUGUCUGUGCCUUUGAUAUUGAAACAACGAAGCUUCCUCUUAAGUUUCCUGAUGCCGAAUAUGAUUCCGUAAUGAUGAUCUCAUACAUGGUUGAUGGCCAAGGCUAUCUCAUUAUUAACAGAGAGUGUGUUGCGGAAGAUAUAGAGGAUAUAGAGUAUACCCCAAAACCAGAGUAUGAAGGGCACUUUAAAGUAACAAAUGUGAAAAAUGAGGAAGGGCUCCUUAGACACUGGUUUGCACAUAUGCAAGUGGUGAAACCCGGCAUCUAUGUAACAUAUAAUGGUGACUUCUUUGAUUGGCCAUUUUUGGAGACAAGAGCAACUCAUUAUGGCUUGAGUAUGAAGGAUGAGCUUGGAUUUUCUUGUGACAAGAAUCAAGGGGAAUGCCGUGCUAAAUUUGCUUGCCAUCUGGAUUGUUUUGCUUGGGUCAAACGUGAUAGUUAUCUUCCUCAAGGAAGUCAGGGUCUGAAGGCUGUUACGAAGGCCAAGUUGGGUUACGAUCCUCUAGAAGUUAAUCCUGAGGAUAUGGUUCGCUUUGCAAUGGAAAAACCGCAGAUGAUGGCUUCAUAUUCUGUUUCAGAUGCUGUUUCAACUUACUACUUGUAUAUGACUUAUGUUCAUCCCUUCAUUUUCUCCCUUGCAACCAUAAUACCUAUGCCGCCAGAUGAAGUCUUACGCAAAGGAAGUGGGACUUUGUGUGAAAUGCUUCUUAUGGUCCAGGCUUAUAAGGCAAAUGUUAUCUGUCCAAACAAGCACCAGUCUGAUCCAGAGAAGUUUUAUGGUAGUCAACUCCUUGAGAGUGAGACUUAUAUUGGUGGUCAUGUGGAAUGCCUAGAAAGUGGUGUAUUCAGAUCUGACCUUCCAACUAGUUUUAAGCUCGACCCGUCUGCCUAUGAGGGGGAAGAGAUGAAACAGAGGGGAAUUUGGGGAAGACAAGUGAGGAAAUGGUGGGUUGGGGGUGGUGGGGCUGGUAGUUUUGGGAAGGCGGAAG